AGCGAGGAGGCGUCAAACACAUUUAGGAGGUUCACCUCCCGCUACUCAUACAAGAAAAGAAAGAGAAACUGCGUGCUUCUUGAGUCCUCCUUCGCGGAGUAGCCAACGCCGAGAGAAGAGAACAGGUCUGUGUUGUUUCUCUCUUCACUGCAGGCGGAACCUGUACGAGAACGUUGCUGCCGUAUCUCACAAAAGAAGUACAGUUCUCACGGUUCAUGGGGCGUGAGUCCGGUCUGCGUUGACACUAGUGCCGUUUUCAAUUUAGACUCCUGUCCUUCGGUUCAAUAUAGUUCCUAAAAGGGUCAAUUCCUUUUUUUUAAAUGGACACGAAUACGCUCCUGGCACUCGCGCAGAGUGCGGUGGAUCUUGGCAAUGUGAAGGCCGCCUGCGAGUUUUUCGAGGUGGCACUCGCGCAGUCACCAAACAACGACGAGGUGCUCGAGGCGUAUGCGGAGAUCAUGAUCCACUACGCCCAGGACCCUGCCCGUGCCCAGCAGAUGCUCCGUCACGCCAUCGAGAUCAACCCAAACCAAGGCUACGUCAAGUACUUGAACUUAGCACAGCUAUGCGAAGCGGCUGAGGCGCUCAAGUGCUACGAGAAGGCCUACGAAAUCGCUAGUUUGAUGCUGCACGGGUGCCGCAAAAAGAAGAUGAAGAAGACGCUGCAGGAGACCAUGGCGACGAUGUGCUGUGCGGUGGCGGAGCUGUACCUGACGGACCUCUGCUUCAACGACGACGCGGAGCAGCAGUGCGAGCAGGCGGUAACGCGGGCGCUAGAGCUCAACAGCGAGAUCGUAGAGCCGCAUCAGCUACGAGCGUCGUUGCGCUUAAGCCAGUGCCGACCCGAGGAGGCGCUCGAGGCGUUGCGCAUCGCGGUUGACCUCACGCAUCGCCUCGGCGAAGAGCACCAACCAACCUACGAGUCCAAAAUCGAGCUGGCCCGUCUCCUGAUGCAGGUGGAGCCCGCCGAGGCGUUUUCUUUUCUAUUAGAAGUUCUCCAGUACGGCGACAACAACCCCUACGUGUGGUUUCUGCUCGGCGAGUGCGCUCGCAUGCGGGGGCGCUACAUCGACGCAGCGCGGCUGCUGCGGCGGGCGCGUGUGAUGUUGGUCGUGUCCGGCGGCGACGCGACUUCGCUCGCCGAGGUGGACGCGGCGAUUAGUGUGCUGGUGCAGGAGAUGGGCGGCCCGGCGGCGGUGGCGCAGGUGGCCGACAUCGACCACCCCAAUCCGCUGGAGCUCUUGCAGCCAGAGGAUGACGGUGCUGCAAUGGAGGCGACGGGAGAGCAUGACGAGGCCGCCGAGGAAGACUUGGCUGAACCGGAGUGGGAGUCGUGCGAUGAGGAUGAGGCGUGA